UGAGAAGGAAACUAUAGGCUUCACCAGACCCUCAAAAGGUGUCCAUUAUACAAAAAUGGUAAAGAAUUCCUUCCCUAGUGAAAAGUGGCUUUGGAAGAGUUGUACUUGUUAUAGGAAGUUCGAGAACAGAAUUGGGGGGGCAGGCGGAGUGUAAGAGGCAUAAAAGUGACUUUGCUAUAGCUAUAGUUUUGACCUUAAUUGAAUAUGUAAAAAAUUUCACACAGAGACUCUAUAAGACCAGAAACAAGGGGUGGAGGGGGGAGCCCGACCCUGAAACCAAGCAGGAGUGCAGAUAGGAUUUGCUCACGUUUUUUCAUGGAUUUCCCCCCUCACCCCCAAAUUCUCUGGUCCACGUCCUGCAGGAGGAGUUAUCAGGGUCCGGGAGUAGUUCGGCAUAGUGCUUUCGCACCACCCGCCCGCCUAUAUCUCGUGGUAGCUAAGAAGGGCUCCUCAGUCAACGUGUAAAACUAGAAUUUCAGUGCCACUAGUUGAAGUCUAAAGCCGUUUCCUUCCCUCGAAGGGCUGGUUCCUAGCUACCUGGGUUUGUGCCUUGAAGGAGCAGUCCUAUGUAAGAGGCAAGAGAUCUGGCUCGAAAGUCCUUGAGAACCAAGAUCACCCUGUUUGCCCCUUCAACUCCGCCCUACCCAUGCCUCCUUCAGUCCCUCCCCUCUGGGGGAAUGGACGAAGAGAGGCGGGGAGCCACCCCGGGAAGCUGGGGCGGGGGUGGCUACGGUAACCGAACCAGGGAAAGACUGCUGGUCCACUUAGGGCCAGCCUCGGAGGGUCCCAGGUCCUGCCUGGACUCGGGUGGCAGAAGAAAGUGAGUGGAGCCUCGGGUGGGGCAGAGCAGGUUCCAGUUUUCUCCGUUUUCGCCUGUCUGGGCUAACCCUCUCCACCAGGGACAUGAGGAGCCCCUUUGGCACCAGUGUCACCCGGGGUGGCGGGCCCCCGCAGCGAUUCUCGCCCAGCAGUCCAAGCUACGAUCUCGCAGGCAAGGUAAUGCUGUUGGGAGACUCAGGCGUUGGGAAAACCUGUUUCCUGAUCCAUUUCAAAGAUGGGGCUUUCCUGUCCGGGACCUUCAUAGCCACUGUCGGCAUAGACUUCCGGAAUAAGGUGGUGACUGUGGAUGGCACAAAAGUGAAACUGCAGAUUUGGGACACUGCAGGACAGGAGAGAUUCCGAAGCGUCACCCAUGCUUAUUACCGAGAUGCCCAGGCCCUGCUUCUGCUCUAUGAUAUCACCAACAAAUCUUCCUUUGACAACAUCCGGGCCUGGCUCACUGAGAUACACGAGUAUGCCCAAAAGGAUGUGGUGAUUAUGUUGCUAGGCAACAAGGCAGAUGUGAACAGAGAAAGGGUAGUCCGGUCAGAAGAUGGACAAACGUUGGCCAGAGAGUAUGGUGUGCCUUUCAUGGAAACUAGUGCCAAGACGGGCAUGAAUGUGGAGUUAGCCUUUCUGGCUAUUGCCAGGGAACUGAAACACCGAGCUGGGCAGCAACAGCCAAAUGAACCCAGUUUCCAGAUUCAUGACUAUGUGGAAUCGCAGAAGAAACAGCCUAGCUGCUGCCCAUUUGUGUGAGACAAAAGUGGCAGAGGGGGAACCUGGGAAGAUCCAUUGGGCUUAAAAGCCAUACCCCACUUCCAGACUGAACUUUUUGAAUACUCCAAUGGAGGGAUGAAUCCCCAAACUGAAAACAAGGCACAAAGAGGAGAAGCAUAAGGAAUGCAAAAAAAAAAUAAGUUGCACACAUAUAUCAUUCCAUCAUUGCUUUCUCCUAGGAGGGACCUAUAUUUCUGCAUCAGGCUUACCCCAGGUUUCCCUGAUCUCCUUUUCUCAGUGGUUAUAGUUUCUAGACUCCUAGGGAAGUACAGGUCUCUGAGCAUUUUAGGACCAAAGAUAUUUUUAGGUCAAAUUUCAUUCUGGUAUCACAAUAGUGAAAAACUUUGGAAAAUAAAAAAACCUGGUUCUGCAGGAGAAACAGGCAGAGGACAGGGGCUAAUAAUCUCCCUAUUGUCUUUCAGUUUAGGACCCCUCCAUCCAAACUUUUCUGGUAAAGUAUCACAUCCCCUUGUCCCACACCAACCAGUUAGUGACUAGAGAGGGAUUGUAGCUUUGUUCCAGUUCACCAGGAGAUCCCAGAAAAGGGCAAUUAGUGGCCUCAACAUCCCUCCAGAGUUUAGUUCAUGAGAGAGUAGUCAGCCAUAGUAUUUUUGCCUUAUUGGACUUCCCAGAGGCUCAGGGACCACAAUAAUUAUGGAAUCAUUAUGGCCUAACCUAAAACCUAUGGUCUGUCCUAAAGCACCAAAAGUUAAAUGAAUGAAAACCUCAGGAGAGCAUAAUAGAUGUGAAAAGUAUGAACAAGGGUUCAGCUUGUGUGUAUAUAGAAAGAGGAAGAAGUAACACAAAUUCAGCUCUCUUUGUCUACCUUCUGGACCCCUAUCCAGAUGUCAUGUAAGAAUAAAACAACUCAUUCCUGAUGUCCUUCCCUUUCUCCCCCCCUCCCCCCCAACACCCUUCCUCAUCACCAAUUUCUAGGCUUCCUUGCUGAAAAGCUUCAAGUUGCCAGAGAGUUUCCAUGCUGGUGAAUUCCAUUCUAGCUUUCUCUCUGGAUGAGCUUUUGAGCAAGGACUUCAGUGUCAACGAACAUCUGAAAAUCAGGCAGGAGAUGUUGCCCCUUAUUGACCCAAGAUUUUUGGUAAAUGGGUAAUCCCAACAUUUAGCUUCUAGAAUAGCUUUAGCAUUUCUCUUGGAUGAGGAGGCGGGAAGAGAGCAAGGUCUCUCUCUCCAUCUUUCAUCCCUUCUUUCCUUGAGGAUUGGGCCCUAGCUUACCUUCACCUAGACUGUUGCUCUCCCUACCACAUUCAGGUUCUCCUUGGAGAAAUGAGAGGGCUUUGACUCAAAUGAAGUAAGCCAAAUCAAAGACUUGACCUCCCCCCCAACACCUGUACCAGCCCAAGGUCAGCCUCUUCCCUUGUAUCCAUUUCCCUGUUCUAAAUUUUAGGUUCCAUAAGGUCAGCCUCUUCCCUUGUAUCCAUUUCCCUGUUCUAAGUUUUAGGUGCCAUAAAGGCCAGAUGAGGUUUCCCCUUCCUCUUUCUGUUCAUCCUGAUUCAGGAUCCAGAAGCGCUACUGAGAAUAAGGCUAGAUCAAUUAGGACCCAGGAGUUUUGUGUUUUUUUUCCCCCUGAAUAAGUUGCCUGUAUGGAGCCAGAUCACCAUGGUUAGAUUCUUGGGAGGGGGCCCAAGGCACUGGUUUCUCAAAGUCUUGUAAAACAACUGUAAAAAAGAUGGACUCUACAGAGACAGGCACUUAUACAAUCAUUUAGUUUCUUCCUAACUUUCCAGUUAGCCUAACUCCUCAUACCCAACCAGUUUUCUUGCCUUUGUCCCCAUUCCUAUCCAAACCUAAGCAAGGGAUAUUCAGGGAAAGAUGAGCAUUGCAGUCUUACAUGGCUAUGUCAUUUGGGUUUUCAAGUCAGAGACCAACAACUUUGGCCUACAGAAAGCAGGCCUUCCAACUUUGUCUCCAAAAAGUGGCUCUAGGCUUCUUCCAUCCUUAGCAAGGAAUCUCCUCUAGAGUUCCACCAGUCUUUUCUACUGAUCUAUGUCUUGCAUGAGAGUGAUGCUUCUUACUCUGGUUAAUAUUGGCAUUUGUGUAUUUUUCAGAAUUAAACUGCAGUAUUUUGGAAAUUA